AAGAAGAAUAAAAACCCAUUGCCUCCCCGACUAACCCAUUGUAUUUUGUUUUUUUGCUUUUUAUUUUGCGAAGAGAAAAUGAACCCAAGUCAGACGGUGGAGGAUGAAUCACAGCUAUCCAACUCAACCACCGCCCGCCGUAUCCAACGGCUAUCGCUUCACCUCACCCCACUUCCACCCCUUCAACCUUCACCUCAGCUCGACAUGCUAACUUGCGCCAAGGCCAGUAAGCUGGACGUUGACCAAGGCCCUCUUUCAAGCUACAUGCGAGGGAAGCAUAGGGAAAUUCAAGAGAAAAUUUUUGAGUUUUUCAACUCAAGGCCUGAUUUGCAGACGCCAAUUGAGAUUUCAAUGAAUGAACAUAGAGAGCUUUGUAUGAGACAGCUUAUGGGGUUGGUUAGAGAAGCAAAGAUUAAGCCUUUUAGAUAUGUUGCUGAAGAUCCUGCUAAGUAUUUUGCUAUCACUGAGGCUGUUGGGAGUGUUGAUAUGUCUCUUGGGAUCAAAUUUGGUGUACAAUAUAGUCUUUGGGGAGGUACUGUGCUCAACUUAGGAACUAAAAAGCACCGGGAUAAGUAUUUUGAGGGUAUUGACAAUUUGGAUUAUCCCGGUUGUUUCGCAAUGACAGAACUACAUCAUGGCUCAAAUGUUCAGGGUCUCCAAACCACUGCAACCUUUGAUCCAAUUACAGAUGAAUUUAUAAUUGAUACACCAAAUGAUGGGGCCAUCAAAUGGUGGAUUGGCAAUGCUGCAGUUCAUGGCAAGUUUGCAUCAGUUUUUGCUAGGCUGAUUUUGCCAACUCAUGACUCUAAAGGAGUUUCUGAUAUGGGAGUCCAUGCCUUCAUUGUGCCAAUAAGGGAUUUAAAAACCCACCAGACACUUCCAGGAAUUGAAAUACAUGAUUGUGGCCACAAAGUUGGCUUGAAUGGGGUCGAUAAUGGAGCACUGAGAUUCAGUUCGGUUAGAAUUCCCCGAGAUAACCUUCUUAAUCGAUUUGGGGAUGUUUCUCGAGAUGGAAAAUACACAAGUAGUCUCCCUACAAUAAACAAACGUUUUGCUGCUACACUAGGUGAACUUGUAGGUGGGAGAGUUGGCCUUGCAUAUGCUUCAGUUGGUGUCCUCAAGAUUUCUGUCACUAUUGCAGUGCGAUACUCCCUACUACGUCAGCAAUUUGGUCCUCCUAAGCAGCCUGAAGUCUACAUUCUUGAUUAUCAAUCUCACCAGCACAAGCUCAUGCCAAUGCUGGCUUCAACUUAUGCAUUUCAUUUUGCCACUCAGUAUUUGGUGGAGAAAUAUUCAGAGAUGAAGAAGACGCACGAUGAGCAACUGGUUGGAGAUGUCCAUGCGCUUUCUGCAGGCCUGAAAUCCUAUGUGACAUCAUAUACAGCAAAGUCAUUGAGUACUUGCAGGGAAGCCUGUGGAGGCCAUGGGUAUGCUGCUGUCAACCGGUUUGGUAGCUUGAGGAAUGAUCAUGACAUUUUCCAGACAUUUGAAGGAGAUAACACAGUACUUCUGCAACAGGUAGCUGGUGAUCUGUUGAAGCAAUACAAGGACAAGUUCCAAGGUGGUCCUCUUUCGGUAACAUGGAACUACUUGAGAGAAUCUAUGAACACAUACUUGUCUCAGCCAAAUCCUGUAACUACCCGUUGGGAAAGCACAGACCACUUGCGAGACCCUAAAUUCCAGUUGGAUGCCUUCAGGUACCGAACCUCAAGAUUGCUUCAAAGUGUAGCAGCACGACUUCGGAAGCACUCUAAAACUCUUGGCAGCUUUGGUGCAUGGAAUAGGUGCUUGAAUCACCUUCUCACACUUGCAGAGUCUCAUAUUGAGUCUGUCAUCCUUGCAAAGUUUAUUGAUGCUGUGCAAAACUGUCCUGAUGCUCGUAGUCGAGCUGCUCUAAAGCUUGUCUGUGAUCUUUAUGCCCUCGAUCGAAUUUGGAAAGACAUAGGAACUUACCGUAAUGUUGAUUAUGUUGCACCAAACAAAGCUAAGGCAAUCCACAAGCUCACAGAAUACCUGAGUUUCCAGGUGAGAAAUAUUGCAGGGGAGCUUAUAGAUGCAUUUGAUCUUCCGCCUUACGUGACACGGGCCCCAAUUGCAAUGCAGUCAGAAGCAUAUGCACAGUACACACAGCAUGUUGGGUUCUAAUGACUGGAGAAAGUCAAAAAAUGAAUGUAACAAACAAGUGAAUUAUUCCAUAAUAGAUUAGAAUUUUUUAAUUCUUUUGCCAAAUUAAAUACAUGCCUUUUGAAACCAAGGUCGAUAGCCCCUAGCGUUUGGAGAUAAUGAGGUGAAGCUCGAAAACAAUUGUUUGUAACAUGUAUCAAUAAAUUGAACUAUAUACAUUUUCUUUUUUAUUA